UCAUGUGUAUAUCAAUUUGUGUUUACACGUAUGAGCUUUCCAUGUGAGCACACAGACGCAUGACGGUGGAGGAGACAUCAUGGGACAGAAGCUUUGGGUCCGUGUGUCCAAGUGUCAGCUCCUAAUCAUCUGCCUCUUCAUGAUGCUCCUGGCACUUGCCGGCUGCUUUAUGACUGCCAUAACUGGGUCAGGGAGUCAUUUCGCUAUCCUGACCAAGUGCGCCCCUGCUGAGAACCCACUCAGAGGAGUUCAUCUUGCAAUGGUGGUGUAUGGUGGAAGCACCUGUUCUUUUCUCUUCCUCAACAUUCUACUCAGUUCCCUCUCUGUUCUACGAGAGUCACAGCGUUUGAUGGCAAUUACCUUUCUGGUGUUUGGUUGCCUGUUCUGUGCUCUGAUGGCCGGAGUCACUUGGACACAUGAAUCUCAGGAAGAGGUAGAAUCUUUGUUCCUAGAUGUCUAUGAUGGUCUGUAUGACCAGGUUCUCCAAGAAUCUCAUGAAGGUAGGAGAGAAGAUCUACUGAGCAUACAUGAAAAUUUCCACUGCUGUGGGAAGAUUGGAAGUUGGAACCAGGGAGUUCUCCAGGCACGACACCUGUGCGAGUCCAUGACAGAGACAUUGGACUGUGUGUUGGUUAUCUCCGCUGCAAUAAACAGUCACUGGCAAUGGAUAACAAACAUUCUGCUGCUAACCUUGGGAUUCACAGUUUAUGGGAUGAUCCUUUCCUCCUUCCUUUGUUUCAGUUUCCAGAGAGCUACAAGUUGGGAUCGCAGAGGCAAAUACAACCUGAAUGAUGCUAUGAACUGGCCCCAGGGCCAAACUGCAGAUACCCCUUUAACUCAACUGCUUCCCUCCCAACAUGCAAAGUGA